GGGGCGGAUCUUUUCUUUGUCCGGAACCGUUCUCCCGGGGGCUGUAUCCCGGCCCGGACUUGGAAAGCCGCAGGCCGAGGGCCGGAAGCGCGCGCUGCACCCGCGAAGCGUGUCGGUGCGGAGGGAGGGAGGGAGCGCGAAAGAAGUCGCGGAGGACGGGGCGAAGAUGGCGGCCUUCUCCGAGAUGGGGGUCAUGCCCGAGAUUGCACAGGCUGUGGAGGAGAUGGACUGGCUUCUCCCGACUGACAUCCAGGCGGAAUCGAUCCCGUUGAUCCUAGGAGGAGGUGAUGUCCUUAUGGCUGCAGAAACAGGAAGCGGGAAAACUGGUGCUUUCAGUAUUCCAGUCAUUCAGAUUGUUUAUGAGACGCUGAAAGACCAGCAGGAAGGCAAGAAAGGAAAAACUACCAUUAAAACUGGUGCUUCUGUGCUCAAUAAAUGGCAGAUGAACCCAUAUGAUAGAGGAUCAGCUUUUGCCAUUGGGUCAGACGGUCUUUGCUGUCAGAGCAGAGAGGUGAAAGAGUGGCAUGGGUGCAGAGCCUCUAAAGGACUCACCAAAGGGAAGCACUACUAUGAAGUGUCCUGCCACGACCAGGGGCUGUGCCGAGUCGGGUGGUCGUCCAUGCAGGCCUCCCUGGACCUGGGUACUGAUAAAUUUGGCUUCGGCUUUGGUGGAACGGGGAAGAAAUCCCACAAUAAGCAGUUCGACAACUAUGGAGAGGAGUUCACCAUGCAUGACACCAUUGGCUGCUACCUGGACAUGGAUAAAGGGCACGUCAAGUUCUCCAAGAACGGAAAAGACCUUGGCCUGGCAUUUGAAAUACCACCGCAUCUGAAGAACCAAGCCCUCUUUCCUGCCUGUGUUUUGAAGAAUGCUGAACUGAAAUUUAACUUCGGUGAAGAAGAGUUUAAGUUCCCACCCAAAGAUGGUUUUGUUGGUCUCUCCAAGGCGUCUGACAAUUUCGUUGUCAAAUCUCAGCACACAGGUAAUGCACAGGUGGCCCAAACAAAGUUUCUCCCCAAUGCUCCGAAAGCUCUCAUCGUUGAGCCCUCCCGAGAGUUGGCCGAGCAAACUCUGAAUAACGUCAAGCAGUUUAAGAAAUAUAUUGACAACCCUAAGUUGAGGGAGCUCCUGAUUAUUGGGGGUGUGGCAGCGCGGGAUCAGCUCUCUGUUUUGGAUAAUGGGGUGGAUAUAGUCGUUGGCACUCCAGGAAGAUUAGAUGAUUUGGUGUCUACUGGAAAGCUGAACUUGUCUCAAGUUAGAUUCCUGGUCCUGGAUGAAGCUGAUGGGCUUCUUUCUCAAGGUUACUCUGAUUUCAUAAAUAGGAUGCACAAUCAGAUACCUCAGAUCACCUCUGAUGGAAAAAGACUUCAGGUGAUUGUCUGUUCUGCUACUUUGCAUUCUUUUGAUGUGAAGAAACUCUCUGAGAAGAUAAUGCAUUUUCCCACUUGGGUUGAUUUAAAAGGAGAAGAUUCUGUUCCAGAUACCGUACACCAUGUUGUUGUCCCAGUGAACCCCAAAACGGAUAGACUGUGGGAAAGACUUGGGAAAAACCACAUCAGAACGGAUGAAGUACAUGCAAAGGAUAACACAAGACCUGGUGCUAACAGCUCAGAGAUGUGGUCUGAAGCCAUUAAAAUCCUGAAGGGGGAGUAUGCUGUCCGGGCCAUCAAGGAACACAAGAUGGAUCAAGCGAUUAUUUUCUGUAGGACCAAAAUUGACUGUGAUAACUUGGAGCAGUACUUCAUGCAUCAAGGAGGAGGACCUGAUCAAAAAGGACACCAGUUCUCCUGUGUUUGUCUUCAUGGUGACAGAAAGCCUCAGGAGAGAAAGCAAAACUUGGAAAGAUUUAAGAAAGGAGAUGUAAGAUUCUUGAUUUGUACAGACGUUGCCGCCAGAGGAAUUGACAUCCAUGGUGUCCCUUAUGUGAUAAAUGUCACCCUGCCUGAUGAAAAGCAGAACUACGUACACCGGAUCGGCAGAGUGGGAAGAGCAGAAAGGAUGGGGCUGGCCAUUUCCCUGGUGGCAACAGAAAAAGAGAAGGUCUGGUACCACGUGUGCAGCAGCCGCGGGAAGGGCUGUUACAACACCAGGCUCAAGGAGGACGGUGGCUGCACCAUCUGGUACAACGAGAUGCAGCUGCUGUCUGAGAUCGAGGAGCACCUGAACUGCACCAUUUCUCAGGUGGAGCCAGACAUCAAAGUCCCGGUGGAUGAAUUUGAUGGGAAAGUCACCUACGGCCAGAAGCGGGCCGCUGGCGGUGGGAGCUAUAAAGGCCACGUGGACGUACUGGCCCCUACAGUGCAAGAGCUGGCUGCCCUGGAAAAGGAGGCGCAGACUUCCUUCCUGCACCUCGGCUACCUCCCCAACCAGCUCUUCAGAACCUUCUGAUUUAACCCACGGAAUGAGACCGAAGGAUAAAGGUCUGUAGUCUCAACUCGAAACCCGCUGUACGGCUUCCAGGCAGCAGGCUUUGGAGUGAUCGGCAGUUCAUGCUAACUCUUGCAUGUCAAGAAGCCUUGAUCUUAGGGAGUCUUCAUAACAUGUCACCCUAACGGAAGUAAUAAAUACGAUGACACUGUUUU